UCGAGCGCAGCCAGGUGCCUGCCGAAGGCUGCCUCCAUCAGUGCGUGUCUGCGUGUCGGGCAGCGGCAGCAUCCAACCUGCUUUAUUCCUGCCUGCAGCGCCACAGCGAGCGAACGAGCAAGGAGGGGGAGAGAGGGAGUCUGUCUGCAAAGUGCUGCUCCCUGGUGCUCAGAGGCGGCUGCUCCAGCUCCAACUCUCAUUCAUUUCGCCGGUUAACAUGAGAGAUCAUGGCCGCCUUCGGGCUUCUCAGCUAUGAGCAAAGACCGCUGAAGCGCCCCCGGCUUGGGCCGCCCGACGUCUAUCCCCAGGACCCCAAGCAGAAGGAGGAUGAACUUACUGCUGUGAAUGUAAAGCAAGGCUUUAACAAUCAGCCGGCCUUCACUGGAGAUGAACAUGGUUCAGCCAGAAAUAUUGUAAUUAAUCCAUCAAAGAUUGGAGCUUAUUUUAGCAGCAUUUUAGCUGAGAAACUAAAGCUUAACACUUUCCAGGACACUGGAAAGAAGAAACCACAAGUUAAUGCUAAAGAUAAUUAUUGGCUGGUUACUGCUCGAUCCCAGAGUGCAAUUCAUAGUUGGUUCUCUGAUUUAGCAGGAAAUAAACCACUUGCUAUUUUGGCAAAAAAGGUUCCCAUUCUUAGUAAAAAAGAGGAUGUUUUUGCAUAUUUAGCUAAAUAUUCAGUGCCAAUGGUUCGAGCAACGUGGCUGAUAAAGAUGACCUGUGCCUAUUAUUCUGCUAUUUCUGAAGCCAAAAUCAAGAAACGUCAGGCUACUGAUCCUAAUUUGGAGUGGACACAAAUCUCAACCAGGUAUCUUCGAGAGCAACUGGCAAAGAUUUCUGACUUCUACCACAUGGCCUCGAGUGCAGGUGAUGGGCCUGUGCCUGUGCCUCCGGAGGUGGAACGAGCGAUGAGGCAAUGGGAGUACAAUGAAAAGCUGGCAUUUCACAUGUUCCAGGAAGGAAUGCUAGAAAAACAUGAAUAUUUGACAUGGAUCCUGGAUGUUUUAGAAAAAAUCAGACCAAUGGAUGACGAUCUUCUUAAGCUCUUGUUACCCCUAAUGCUGCAGUAUUCGGAUGAGUUUGUUCAGUCGGCCUAUCUGUCUCGUCGUCUCGCCUACUUCUGUGCCCGGCGUCUUUCCUUGCUGUUGAGUGAUAGCCCCAGUCUCCUUGCUGCCCACUCGCCCCACAUGAUGAUAGGACCAAACAACUCGAGCAUUGGGGCCCCCAGCCCUGGCACCCCCGGCCCCGGCAUGAGCCCCGUGCAGCUGGCCUUUUCAGAUUUUCUUUCGUGUGCACAGCAUGGUCCCUUGGUUUAUGGACUUAGUUGUAUGUUACAGACUGUCACUCUCUGUUGCCCAAGUGCCUUGGUGUGGAAUUAUUCCACAAACGAAAAUAAGAGCACGAACCCAGGUUCGCCCCUGGAUCUGCUGCAGGUGGCUCCUUCCAGCCUCCCCAUGCCGGGUGGGAAUACAGCUUUUAAUCAGCAGGUUCGGGCAAGGAUUUAUGAGGUAGAACAGCAGAUAAAACAGAGAGGCCGUGCAGUGGAAGUUCGGUGGUCUUUUGACAAGUGCCAAGAGUCGACAGCAGGGGUGACCAUUAGUCGGGUUUUGCACACGUUGGAAGUCUUGGAUCGUCACUGUUUUGACCGAACUGAUUCAAGCAAUUCGAUGGAGACGCUUUAUCAUAAGAUUUUCUGGGCAAACCAAAAUAAAGACAACCAAGAGGUUGCUCCCAAUGAUGAAGCUGUGGUGACAUUGUUGUGUGAAUGGGCCGUGAGCUGUAAGCGGUCAGGCAAGCACAGGGCAAUGGCUGUGGCAAAACUCUUGGAGAAGAGGCAAGCGGAAAUCGAGGCAGAGAGAUGUGGCGAAUCAGAGGUUUUAGAUGAGAAGGAGUCCAUUUCUUCAGCAUCUCUUGCUGGAUCUAGUUUGCCUGUUUUCCAGAAUGUUCUACUAAGGUUUUUGGAUACACAGGCCCCUUCAUUGUCGGAUCCAAACAGUGAAUGUGAAAAGGUUGAAUUUGUGAACCUGGUCCUGCUGUUCUGUGAGUUCAUCCGCCACGACGUCUUCUCCCACGAUGCGUACAUGUGCACCCUCAUCUCCCGAGGGGACUUGUCAGUCACUGCCUCCACUCGGCCACGGUCCCCUGCAGGAGAAAAUGUGGACGAACACUAUCCCAAGGACCACGAUGUGAAGAUGGAGAUUUUUUCUCCCAUGCCUGGAGAGUCCUGUGAGAAUGCUCACCCUUCCUUGGGCAGAAGAAUAUCAGUUAACGGUGAGAAGUUGGUGAAGAGGGAAAAACCGAGGGAGUUAAUUUUUCCAUCUAAUUAUGACCUCCUCCGUCACCUGCAGUAUGCAACCCACUUUCCUCUACCUCUGACUCAGAGAAUAUAUUUGUGAAACUGUAGACCAGAGUUGUUUUGGAUUAAAGCCACAGAAGAUAAUUCUUUUCGAUGCAGAGCUAAAAAUGUGUUUGGAAUGAAACUUGUUUUCAUAGCUUCUAGG